GUUAAUUUCCAACAGGAUAAUAAUAAUGACCCUAAACACACUUCUCAUGCUGCUCAAAAGUGGUUCAAAGACAAUGGUGUUGAGGUGCUGGUCUGGCCUGCACAGUCACCAGAGCUAAAUCCCAUUGAGCAUUUGUGGCAACACCUUAAGCAACGGCUUGCCACCUAUUACUAUGAGACUGGCCCCAUUAGUAUGCAUGAGCUGUGGAAAUGUGUGGAGGCUGAGUGGAAUAAGAUUCCACCACAAAUUUGUAUAGAUUUAAUCACAAGGAUGCCUAGACGUGUUGCUGCUGUUCUAAAAGCCAAAG